UGCCGCGGCCGUUGGAGCCGGCCGCCGCGGUGUGGCCCGUGGCGUUCGGGUCCGUGUCGCUGGCCGGGCGGAUGCGCGACAUGGAGGACGCCGUCUCGCUCCGCCCGUCCUUCUGCACCUGGGCCGACGGCUCCCCGAUGCACUUCUUUGCCGUCUUCGACGGCCACGGCGGCCCCCAUGUGUCGGCGCUGUGCCGGGAGCAAAUGCACGUGAUCCUGGCGGAGGAGCUGGCGGCGGCGGCGAGGGAGGGGGAGGAGGUGGUGGACGAGGAGAGGGCGUGGCGGGCGGCGCUGUCGCGGAGCUUCUCCCGCGUGGACGCGCUGGCGGCGGUGGCGUGCGCGUGCGGGCGGGCCGCGGUGCCGCCGUGCCGGUGCCCGCUGUCGGGGCAGACGGGCGCCAUCAUCGGCUCCACCGCCGUGGUCGCCCUCCUCGUCCGCGACCGCCUCGUCGUCGCCAACUGCGGCGACUCCCGCGCCGUGCUCUGCCGCGCCGCCGCCGCCGCGCCGCUCCCCCUCUCCUCCGACCACAAGCCGGACCGGCCGGACGAAAAGGCGAGGAUCGAGGCAGCGGGAGGCCGGGUGGUGUACCUCAACGGGCCGAGGGUGCGUGGUAUCCUCGCCAUGUCGCGAGCAUUAGGAGACAGGUACCUGAAGCCAGAAGUGAUAUGUGAGCCAGAUAUCACCAUAACCGAAAGGACCGUCGACGACGAAUGCCUGAUCCUCGCAAGCGACGGGAUGUGGGAUGUGAUCUCGAACGAGACGGCCUGCGAUGUCGCCCGGCAGUGCCUCGAAGACGGGAGGCCGUCGUCCGCAGGCCGUGCUGCAGCUGGGAGUGGCGAAGCUGCUUCCAGCAGCACCGGUGCUCCGGCAGCAGCAGUAGGCCAAGAAUCCGAGCCUCGCUGCUACCGUGCUGCUGCUCUCCUUGCACGCCUUGCCCUCGGCAGGGAGAGUUCAGAUAACAUUAGUGUCGUUGUGAUUGAUCUGCAAGGAAGAGGGUAGGCAGAGAUCAUGGGGAGGUGCAGCCUGGUUUUUCAGAUCACAAUAAUUUGUCAGGCUGCUUCAUUCUCUUUCGGUGUUUAGCCUUUGCUGCUAUCUUCAAUUCUCACAAAAGAAAGCUCCAGUAGUGGUUGUUAGAGCAAGGGAGGAAGGAGUUGUUUCUGAAUUCUGGGUGGUCUCUGAACUCUGAAAUUUUUUUUGUGUUCUUUCCUCUCUUGUUUUCAGUUUUAGCUACUUAGUUCUUUGGCGGGUAUGUUCACUGGGAAGAGUCCAGGAAAAAGAAUGGAUGCAACAUUGCCAUCCAUAGAGAAGAAAAGGAGAGAACAAAAAAGGAAGAAGAAAGUGCAAAUAUGAAAAAUUUCAUGAGACAUUAUGUA